AGGGGUCCUGUGCGUUAUGGUGUGCGUUAUGGUGCCAUGCUUGCAGCACAAGCAGUCGUGCUGGCACUCGUGCUCGUGUUCUUGCCAGAGCAUGUGGACAGCUACUUCCAAUCUUUCUCGACAUACCACCACAGGCAGAGCUUGCAGCAGAGGUCUUCUACAUACUACCACAGGCAGAGCUUGCAGCAGAGGUCUUCUACAUACUACCACAGGCAGAGCUUGCAGCAGAGGUCUUCUACAUACUACCACAGGCAGAGCUUGCAGCAGAGGUGUUAUCACAGGCAGACCUCGCCGCAAAUGCUGCCAAGAAUCAUGCAGCAGGGCAAGGCUGACUGCCAAUACAUCAAUUCUCCCGCCAACCACCCGAGCAUGAGCUCUUUCGAAAGCUCGAUCUUCAGCAGAUGUGCAAGUGUAGGCUUUCAUCGACGGGAGAAACUCCCAGUGGACGAGGAGACGAGAAGCAAGCUCGUAGAGAGUGGCAUUCUCACAAAAGAAUUCGCUGAAAGAUUAAACCAAGUGGUGUUCGCCGCGUGCGAAGUGUAGUACACAGAGUGCACCACAAGACAGAAUGAUCCUUUGAGGAUCAGUGGGAUGGAAGGUAAACGUAUUGACCCCGCAACAAUAUCGGAAUAUCAAGCGGACUUGUGCUUGACCUUUGAAAAGGACACUGAUCUUCAAACCAUCUUCAAGGACGUGGUCGUCAACCCCGCUCAGGAUAUAAGGAUAUAUGGAAAGCAUGGAGUCGAGUACAUCUGCUUUGAAAUCACGGAGACGCCUGGCAAAAUCUUUGAAAAGCUGUUCCAGGUCAAUC